AUGGUGUUAUUUCGUAAUAUAACGGAGGUGGCCCUGAUCGUAUUGGGGGUUAUAAUUGGGAAUGCAUUUUGCCAUUCCGUUGAAGAUAAUAUUAAUGAACUAAAGAAAAUGAUUGAUAACAAAGACUUAUAUGAUAAUUUAAUGGAAUUGCAACGUGAAUUAAUAAAAUCGUUAGAAUCAGAUAAAGUAAAAUUUCCAAAAGCAACGAGUGAAUCUAAGAAAUAUAUUGAUACAUCUAAGUUUAAGAUAAUAAAAUGUAAUGAUGCUGAGAAUGGUGACGAUGGUGUUGAAUGCAUUGUACCAGAAGAGCAAACAAGUUUGGAGGAUAUAAUAAAAUAUGAGAAUAUUGCAAAAUCUGAGGGUAUGAAGUUGUACAAGCGAGAGGAUUCGAGUUUGAUUAAGAGAAAGAUGAUACUUAUAAGAAGUUUAAAAGUAGCAAAAGUUAUGACUUUGGGUAUGGAUUUGUAUAAAGAAACGGGUGAUUUGAAAAAGGCUCUAAAUGCGGUGGAUGAUGUAUUAUAUGGUGAAGUGGGAUCAAAGAAUAAGGGGGAUGAGGUGGUAAAUAAAAAUGGUGGAUACUUGGAUAUAUUGAUGCAUAAUGUUGAUAAGCAAGCGUUGUUUGAUAUGAAUGACGGGUUUUUUACAACAGACGGAAGCUUUGAGUUUGGGGAUAAUUUGGAGCGUAUCGCUAGACAAUACCGCAUGGGGUUGUUUCAGUUGAUCGGACCACACUUCCCAGCACUCGGACACCUCGUCAUGCUUUCGUUGGCUAACAAAAACUAUGAAAACUUUUUCGAAAAUGGAAAGAGCCAUUUUAUAAGUUGGCAAAAACUUCUGAGUUUCAACAUGUCGGACAGAUUCAACGCACUUGACUUAAUGUGUAAUGUCGAAGGAAAAUAUGAUAUAUCCCAAAAAAGAAGAAUAACUUAUUUAGAGCAAAAUAGAAAGGCGGUAUUUGAUGAAUGCAAUAUUUUAGAAUUUUUAAUUCAUCAUUUUAAUAAGUAUCAAUUGUCUUUAAUUUCAAAGACUUAUAAUGAUGAAUUUAAAUCGUAUUAUCUUUUAGAACACAAAGAUAUGAAAGAAGAGUUUUUUAGAUUUAUGUGUGGUGAUUCGAAGAAUUGUAAUAUAUACAAUAGCGACAUUUUCUUGGACAAUGGUAUUGAUGAUAAUAAAGCUGUAUUGAAAAAUGUGAGCUCAUUUAACGUAAAUGCACCUUUCAAUGUGAAGGACAAUUUUGAUGUUUUUGCGCACAAUUAUUUGGAUUUUUACCCGAACCAAAUUGUGUACAUGCACUUCUACAACUUGGUCGGAAUAUUGAAUAACGAAAUUGAGGCCUAUGUGGGUUCUUUGUACCUUCCCGGAUAUUACAAUGCGAUCCAACUUGCCUUUGAUGAUGAUCGAAGUUUGGAGGACCAAUUCAAGAAUUUAGUCAAAUGUGUUACAAAGUGUAAGGAAUAUGACAUAAAAAAUAAAUCCUCGAAUAAGUCAAGGAAAUUAACAUUUAAGGAAGAAAAAAUCAUGUCAAAAUGUAACAUUUGCAAAGGAACUUUCGAUAUUAUAACUUUGAAAAGUGAAUACAGCUUAUCAAUGGUUGAAAAAUUUUAUAAUUAUGUUACAAAAGUAAUUGAAACUCAAUCGUUAGGAAAUAUAGUGACCAAUGAGAAUAUAUAUGAUGAAUAUAACAACCUUUUGUCAAAUGAUUUAAAUUGGUACACAUUUUUGUUUUUGUUCCGAUUAUCAAGCUACAAAAAUAUUCAUGAAGCAAGUGUGAGUGAAGCUAUGUAUAUAGAUUUGAAAGAUGAAGACAAAUUCAUUAAAACAAUGAUGACAGAUAAGUGGUAUCCAUCUGUCAUAAAAAGGGCUUAUACCUUGUAUUUAAGGGGUCACGUAGCUCCAGAUCUCGUAUCAGUGUUGGAAGGCUUGCUAAAACCGGAUAUAAUUGAAAAGAUGAAAAAGUCCAUAGAAUACGUUAUACAUGUAAACUCUUUUAUGCAAUUAGAUUUUUUCCAUGCAUUAAAUGAACCACCACGUGGAACAUACAGAAAAAGCGCUCUAUCUAGGGAUCUUGAAGCUCAAUUUGCUAGUUGGUUUUAUCAAGUGAAUUCAGGAUACUUCUUUUUACAUUAUGAUAAACCAUCUGUAAGAACUGAAUAUUACAAAAAACCAUAUUCACAAAGAUUUGUAGCUCCUAAAUUUGAUGAAUUAGUAGAAAUAUUUAAGAGAUAUAUUCAAAGUGCUUAUGAAUCUUAUUUUAAACAGAGGCAUGUAAAGAAUUUGAUAGAAUCACAUGAUACAUUUAACAUAAAUAAUAAAAUAAUGUUGAUGAGAGAUUCAUAUGAAUUAUACUUAAAGAAUUACAAAGAUAUAAUUUUUUUUGCAGAACCAUUUAUUAUAAAUAAAUAUUUAUCACUAGUUCCAAAAUUGCGCAGAGUGGGUGAAAGGCUUAAUUUUAUAUUUCAUUAUUUGCCAGGAAAUUCUUAUAACUUUUACAAAUAUGGUAUGAUUUAUGGGUUUAAGUUAAACAAUGAAUACUUGAAAGAAAUUGGUGAGGAAUUAGUCUCCGUUUAUAAAGCUAACAGAGCAACAUUCACUGAUGUGACAUUCCUACAGACGCUAUAUUUGUUGUGCAAGAAACUUGAAGCCAGCGCCGGAUCCCACAGGCGCAACGACGCGACGAGCAUAACCAACAUCUACAUGCUAAACGUUUCAAAGCACUACUCGCGAUUAAGUAAAGAGGAAAGAAUUAAAGAAAUUGACGAUAGCAUGAAAUCCAAGUUUUUGGCAAAGACGUUGUAUACCACUCUUCAUACAAUAUUUUCAAUUAAAAUGAACAAGCAAAUGAAUGAGUUGGACAAACAAUAUUCAAAGCCGGAUUUUAUUAGAUUAUCUAUGGAUCAAAGGGCUUAUUUCACGUAUGCGUAUGUAUAUUAUGGUAGCAUAGUUGACACCAUAACGAACAGUUUGAUGCCAUUGUAUGCGAAGAAACCAAUUACACAGUUACGUUAUGGGAAAACUUUUAUUUUUUCGAAUUAUUUUGGAUUUAUGGCACAGAUAUUAGGAAUGCUUAAUCUUAAUAAUAUGAAGAUGCUGUGUGAGCAUCAAGCAAUUACAGCACCGAACAACUAUUCCUUUGAUAAAUUCGUGCAAUAUGAUACAAAAAAAUACUAUUCACUUAUCACAUACUUUUUUGUGCUCAGAAAUUUCGGUUUUGCUAGCAUGCCAUUGGAAUUUUCCUAUUUACUUAGUGAAAGUGUAUUGCUUAGGAAAAGUUUUUUCCAUAUAGCAAUGUUCUAUACUUUGCACGUGGGUUCUCUUUUGUGGUUACAUGGUAGCAGAAUAUUUCCGAAGACGUUUUACGGUGAUCUACAGGAGCAGACGAGUGAUAUGUUUAUAUCAGAGCCACCAGAGAAAGGAAAUGUGCAUGCAUACCACCAAAAUUAUAUAUUCUUCUGCAUUAACAUGUUUACUUUCUAUUUUUCAGCUUACACUCUUUUCCGUUGGUAUGCACAUUAUGCAAACGCUUAUGCCUUGUUUUUUAUGCCAGUAAGAUUUUUCGCUGCUUAUCAUAGACCUGGAUACGAUUGGUUUGCCGGAGGCUUAUUAGAAUGGGUGAAUAAAAUAGCUGUAGAUCCAUUUUUAAGGAUGGUGAACAAAUUUCUACGAAACAUAAAAAGUAGGAGCGAGUACAACGAGAUAAUGAAUGCUCGGAUAAAUGCCAGAAAUUUUAAGAAUUUAAUAGAAGGAAAACGAAGUACUGCAAUAGGUGUUCCGACUAUGUCGGAAAUGGUAGAAUUAAAUAGAUCGAGCUAUACAAUGUAUAAAGAUGAUAACAUAUUCUUUGAGAGUGUAAGUGAGGAGGAAGAAUUCCUGAAUCAAAGGGAUAUAAUAUAA